AUGGCACGGAAUAGGAGACAGUCGGAGUCAAUGACAUCUGCAGUUGAACUACGAUGUAAUAAAGGUAGUUAUAAAUUUAUUUCAGGACGUGGCUGUUUCCUGUUUCUAGUUGGUGUUUUAUGUGUUGGAUUCUCUGUUACCAAGAUUAUAGUUGGUUCCGAGUAUGUAAGCCAAUGUCCUUCAAGGGAGAUGAUUCCUGUUUAUAUUAUUGUAAGCGGUUGUCUCCCUGUAUUACUGAGUGCACUACGACAACCGUAUAACGGUGGACAUGAAAUGGACAAAGAUAAAUGGUCAAUGAAAGUAUCGUUGUUUACUGCGAUUAUUGGAGUAAUGGUCAACCUAGCAUGGCUUGUGGCGGGAACAUAUCUUGUUGUAACAGUUUGGAAAGGGACUAUUUGCAGCUCAACACAACUUAUUACACCUGCACGUUUAACAAGCUUAAAUCCAAACACUGUACCAACAUCGAUGUCAAAUAGUACCUCAUCUGUUCAGACAAUGAAUAUUUGGAUAAAUUCCAGCAACAGCCAGUAUCAAUCUGAAGCCGAGGAAGAUGGACAUAAAAUACACAGAGACUUAAAUGAAACUGAAAAGAAAAAAAUAGAUGCCAACAACAGUGCUGUUUUUGCUGAGGCUUCAAAACUAUCGGGUGAAACAUUUAUAACUACAACCGAUUUAACUAAAACUACAAGAGGUCCAUUUGUUGAACCAGAAACAGAAAUACAUGAAAAUGAAACGCUUGGUAAAAAACACAAAGAUAAUGAAGACACUGUAAACAUGAAUGAUGCCUCUAAGACUGAAACUAAUUCUAAAACAAGUGCUAUGAGUGGAAUCAUAGGGGUGCACAAUAAACAUAAUUCUUCUAAAUUUACGAAAGGGAGUUUUAUGAAAGGAACGGAUAUAGCUAAAGACGAAAAGAAUUCUGAUAUUGCUAGAGCACCAAGUGAAGACAAACACUGUAUAGCAUGUGACAAACAUAUCUUAAGAUUUUCUCUAGCUGUGAUUAUAAUAGACUGGUUGUUUGUAAUAUGUGGAACUGCAUACUUUUGUAAUUUUGUAUAUCAUAGAUUUUCCUCUAUAACAAGUCAAAUUUUGCUAAUAAAUGGUUAAGAAUAUUAUAUUUUCGAGCAUUUAAGAGUUGACGAGAUAGUGUGUUAUAAUAGAAGACAUCGCUGUUUUUGAAUAGAUUUGAUUGGAAGAAGUAAAUUUGGGAUAAGGAAUAGAGAUUGAAAUGGCAUUACUAUUUGUAAAAGUGUGAAAAAGUGUGAUUCAUUACAGAAGUUUAGUGUGUAUGUAUGUAACCGUUUGCAAUAAGUGUUACAUUUACAAUAAAAAUUGCUAAAAACCGGUUGAUAUUUUCAUUCUGAACACAUAAUUGAUGAUAACAGAGAUGUUUCUGUUUGGAAUAAAUCAUGUAAAAGAGUGAAAGUAAAGACAACGAAUUUGAUAUAAAUAGCAAUUAUUAACUGAAAAGUGUGACUUCAAAAUGUUCUCAUCACAAAUCUACAUAUGUAUUAUGUCCGUACGUAAAUCUUUUAGUGUAUUAAUUUGUUAGGUGUACCUUAACAGCUACAUUUGCAUUAGAUAUUUCCGCCGAAUAACAGAGCAUUUGAAGAAAUCCGUGACAGCCUUGUAAAUGUCAAAUAGCAUAUGGAACAAAUUAUGACAACUUUGAAAGUGCCAAAUAAUAUCAUAUGUAGAAACACUAUAGCAUCUUUUGAAAUGUCAAAUA